GACCAAAAAGGUCCCUGUAUUAAGUAGCAUUUGCAUAAGGGAGGUUAUGUAAUGUGUGAUCCUCAAUGAAUGAUCAUGAGUGGCAGAACACCUCCACUAGGAUUCCAGUAAUCUCCACUGUUAAACCUGGUUCAUGAAAUGGACGCUAUAUGGUGGUUUAUUUUGCUUGGACAUGUCUUAAAGAUCCAGAUAUGCAAAAAUGUGGCAUAUUUAUCUUCACACAAAAAAAGGUCUUAUUCUGUAACCUUUUAUUUACCUUUUGCAUACAGGAUUACAAAAUAUUUCUAGAAAUGUGCUUUCUGAAUGUAUAAAUCCAUUGCAUUGUAAAGCAAAUAUUUUAUGAAAGAAUAAGAAGUGGAGGAGAUUCAGACUGUGGUUUGGGUAUGGCCUCUGAGGAAUACAAAAUUAAAGUGUACAGAUGACUCUUCAUCUUAUAUUGUGUACCAGCUUGUACAGAUUAUUCCAGUUUGAUCAGCUGUCUUGUUGAAUGAAUUAUUUUUUGCAAAGGGAUAUCUUUGAAGAGCAGUUACAGAAUUAAAAAGUAACAGUAACUAAGCAAUUCUUAGUCUCAUCAUUACGGUUCAGAAGCUGUUAACAGUUGUAAAGGGCUAAUUAGUGUAAUGUAAUCCUCUUAGGAGUCUGCAGGCAUUGAGCUAGAUUUCUUUGUAAUUUGUGUGUAGGCCUUCUUUAUUCCAUUAGAAUUACAAUAAUUAGAGACAGCAGUAUGUAUUUGCAUUCUAUCCAUCUACAUUAUGUUUACUUUGCAUGCUGACUACUGCACAAUAAAUGCAGAAGUAGAAUUUUAUGUUUUCUUUUUAAAUAUAAAAAUGUUUGGAAGAACAGCCAAAUCUUGGUUUUAUAACUGUACAAAAUCUAUGAAAAGAGAAAAUGAAAACAGGAGUAAGUGGCUUUCUGAAAUCCCAAGCAAACAGAGAGAGAAAAUACUGGAUGAGCUGGAUGUGAACAAAGUGCUGUCAUAUUUGGUUUACAAGAGAGUCUUUUCCUUGGAGGAAUACAAAGACAUUUGGUCUCAGGAAAGCUACAAGAAGAGAACGGAAUAUUUUUUAGAUAAACUCUCUUUAAAAGGCCCAAGUGCUUUCGCUGCUUUUUGUUCCAUUUUGGAGGAGGUCUGUCCUAACUUGCUGACAUGCUUUCUCCUUGGUUAUGAAGACCAUAUGCAUAGACGUUUCCCAGCAUCAUCAGAGCAAACAAAGCUGAGGGCUGUAUCAGAGAUGGAGCUGCACGAAACCUGUCAGAUGAGUGACCAAGAAGGAAGCCCAUCUGCUGAGGAACAUCUGAAUCGAUCAUUCAACAAAUACAGGGUAACUCCAUCUUCUGAAAAUCCCAAUGGUGCUACCUGUAGUGUAAGUCAGGGAAAACCCUCUUUAAGAAGAAUAAAGGGGAGAAUACACAGAAGCAAAAGUCUUGAUAGCAUUGAUUUCUGUGAAUUUACUAGCACAACAAUGGAAGAAACAGCUAUAUGGGAACAACACACAGUGACUCUUCACAGGGCCCCUGGUUUUGGUUUUGGUAUUGCAAUAUCUGGAGGAAGAGAUAAUCCUCACUUUCAAAGCGGUGAGACAUCAAUAGUUAUUUCUGAUGUGCUGAAAGGAGGCCCAGCAGAAGGACUGCUGCAAGAAAAUGACCGUGUUGCAAUGGUUAAUGGAGUUUCAAUGGAUAAUGUCGAGCAUGCGUUUGCUGUUCAGCAGCUGAGGAAAAGUGGGAAGAAUGCCAAAAUUACUAUCCGAAGGAUGAAGAAAAUUCAGAUUCCAGUGGCUCGACCAGAACCUGAACCAGUGUCUGAAAAUGAGGAUGAUAGCUAUGAUGAAGAGAUACGUGAUCCAAGAAGCAGCCGUAGUGGUCUAAGUGCUAACAGAAGGCAUGAAAAGAGCUGGGUAAGAGAUCGGAGUGCUAGCAGAGAGAGAAGCUUAUCACCAAGAUCAGACAGAAGGUCGGUUACAUCAAGUCAGCCUGCAAAACCCACCAAAGUAACACUGGUGAAAUCAAGGAAGAAUGAAGAGUAUGGUCUACGGUUGGCAAGUCACAUAUUUGUGAAGGAAAUAUCACAGGAUAGCCUGGCAGCACGAGAUGGCAAUAUUCAGGAAGGAGAUGUUGUACUGAAGAUAAAUGGCACAGUGACAGAAAAUAUGUCCUUAGCAGAUGCAAAAACGCUAAUAGAAAGAUCAAAAGGGAAGUUGAAGAUGGUCGUUCAGCGAGAUGAAAGAGCUACACUGUUGAAUGUCCCUGAUCUUUCUGACAGUAUUCAUUCUGCUAAUGCAUCAGAAAGAGAUGACAUUUCAGAAAUUCAGUCGCUGGCAUCAGAUCAUUCCAACCGAUCCCAUGACAGGCCCCGCCGCAGUCGUUCACGAUCUCCUGACCAGAGGUCAGAGCCUUCAGACCAUUCCAGACAUUCUCCACAACAGCCCAGCAACGGCAGUCUUCGAAGCAAAGAAGAUGAGAGAAUAACGAAACCAGGAGCGGUCUCUACACCUGUAAAGAAUGCAGAUGACAUUCCUAAAACUAUGGAAGAGGUAGCAGUCGAAAGAGCUGAAAAACAAACUCCACCACUUCCAGAACCAAAGCCAGUGUAUGCACAAGGAGGUCAGCCAGAUGUCGAUUUACCAGUCAGUCCGUCUGAUGGCCCUUUGCCCAAUUCAACCCAUGAAGAUGGAAUGCUUCGGCCAAGCAUGAAACUGGUAAAAUUCAGAAAAGGAGAUAGUGUGGGCUUGCGACUAGCAGGUGGCAAUGAUGUUGGCAUAUUUGUAGCUGGUGUUCUGGAAGACAGCCCUGCAGCAAAAGAAGGAUUAGAGGAAGGGGACCAGAUUCUCAGGGUAAAUAACGUAGACUUCACAAAUAUCAUCAGAGAAGAAGCUGUCCUUUUUUUGCUUGAUCUUCCUAAAGGUGAAGAAGUGACCAUUUUAGCACAGAAGAAAAAAGAUGUCUAUCGUCGCAUUGUUGAGUCUGAUGUAGGGGAUUCUUUCUAUAUUAGAACUCAUUUUGAAUAUGAAAAGGAAUCUCCUUAUGGACUAAGUUUCAACAAAGGUGAAGUGUUCCGCGUGGUGGACACUCUGUACAAUGGCAAACUGGGUUCAUGGCUGGCAAUUCGAAUUGGCAAGAAUCAUAAGGAAGUCGAAAGAGGUAUCAUACCUAACAAAAACAGAGCUGAGCAGCUAGCUAGUGUACAGUACACACUUCCAAAGACAGCAGGAGGAGAUCGAGCGGAUUUUUGGAGAUUCCGAGGUUUACGUAGUUCAAAAAGAAAUCUACGAAAAAGCAGAGAAGAUCUUUCUGCACAACCUGUUCAGACAAAGUUUCCUGCCUAUGAGAGAGUUGUUCUUCGGGAAGCUGGGUUUCUCAGACCUGUAACCAUUUUCGGUCCAAUAGCUGAUGUGGCACGUGAGAAACUUGCUAGAGAAGAACCAGAUAUCUUUCAAAUUGCAAAAAGUGAACCAAGAGAUGCUGGUACUGACCAACGUAGUUCUGGCAUUAUUCGUCUUCACACUAUAAAACAGAUAAUUGAUAGGGACAAACAUGCUUUAUUAGAUGUCACUCCUAAUGCAGUGGACCGUCUGAAUUAUGCCCAGUGGUAUCCUAUUGUAGUGUUCCUAAAUCCUGAUUCUAAGCAAGGUGUAAAGACUAUGAGAAUGAGGUUGUGCCCAGAAUCACGGAAAAGUGCCAGAAAGCUGUAUGAAAGAGCUCACAAGCUACGCAAAAACAAUCACCAUCUCUUCACAACUACCAUUAACUUGAAUUCAAUGAAUGAAGGAUGGUAUGGAGCUCUGAAAGAAGCAAUUCAGCAACAACAGAACCAACUAGUGUGGGUUUCAGAAGGAAAGGCAGAUGGUGCUACAAGUGAGGACCUUGAUUUACACGAUGACCGCCUUUCUUACCUCUCAGCUCCUGGUAGUGAAUAUUCUAUGUAUAGCACAGACAGUAGACACACAUCUGAUUAUGAAGACACAGAUACAGAAGGAGGUGCUUAUACUGAUCAAGAACUGGAUGAAACUCUGAAUGACGAGGUUGGGACACCUCCUGAAUCUGCUAUUACACGUUCUUCUGAACCUGUUAGAGAGGAUUCUUCUGGAAUGCAUCAUGAUACUCAAACUUACCCUACUUAUGCAUCUCAAGCUCAGCCGCAGCCAAAUCUCAGAGUUGAUUCUUCAGGAUUUAAAACAACUACUCAGCCGAAAGCAGAAGCCUCACCUGCAGUCCCUUACCUUUCCCCGUCGCCUGAAUCAAACCCUGCAACCUCAUCAGCCUCCGCAGUAAAUGCUAAUGUAAACCUAAGUAAUGUCAGACUGGAGGAGCCUACUGCUGCUCCUUACAACUCUUACCAACCACAGGCGGGCCCCUUAAGAGCAUCAAGUACUGAGGGAGCUCAUAUAGUCCUAAGAGAACAAGAGUCAUCAUCCUUAUCGCCGCAUAUAGAUCCAGCAAAGAUAUACCGAAAGGAUCCAUAUGUUAAUGAAGAAGCAUCCAGACAAAGCUAUGUCUUGAAACAGCCAGCAAUUAGUCACCCAGUACAGAGACAGGAAAGAGACCCAAAUCUGAUCUAUGAAUCCCAGGCUCAGUAUGCAGAAAAACAACCAAGCAGGGACUAUGAACAGUCAACAUACAGAUAUGAUUCUGCAAACUAUGUAGAUCAAUUUCCUCGUGGUUAUGACCCUCGCCUACAUUAUGAUGAGCGUGUGCCUCCCUAUGAGGAGCACUGGGCAUAUUACGAUGAAAAACCACCCUACAACCAAACAAGAACAGCUUACGAAAACCAGCCUCCUAGGGAUCUUGAUUCCAGACAAAAUAUAGAUGAGAGCACAGAACGCAGCUAUUAUCCAGCACAACCUCGUUUUGAGGAACCCCCUACAAUGAGCUAUGAUGGCAGACCUCGCUAUGAGCAUGCACCCAAAAACUUUAGCUUACCACAAAUGAGAUAUGAAGAUCAACAUACUGUUGGAUAUGAUACACAUGGUAGAUACAAACAAGAAGCUCAGCCAUACCAGUCAGCCAUUUCUCGAUCUCCCGAACCGAAGCAGUACUUCGAUCCCCAUGUAAGGGCCUAUGAACAAGGUCCUCCUCAAGCCUAUAGUGCUAAAGCUGGACAGUAUGAGCCUUCUCAUAGCACUUCAGGUGUUUCUCUUCCUCCUCCCCCUUCAUCACAAACAAAACCAGAAGUUUUGCCUUCUAACAGUAAACCACUGCCUACACCACCAUCUCUAGCAGAGGAAGAGGAUGACCCAGCCAUGAAACCACAGUCUGUGCGAAGUCGGGUUAAGAUAUUUGAAAGAAGAAGAUCACCAUCUUUGGAAAAAAUGAAGGACCCAAGUGAUACAUCAGCUGUCAAGCCUCCUGAGCUAGCACCUAAGCCUACACUCACAACUGCAAGUGGUCCAAAAUCAACUUCUCAAAGCCAUUAUGAACACGACAAAACAACUUACAGGGCUCCAGAACCACAGAGACCUCAAGUGAAGCCACCUGAAGAUAUCGUGCGUUCAAAUCAUUAUGAUCCUGAAGAAGAUGAAGAAUAUUACCGAAAGCAGCUCUCGUACUUUGAUCGUAGGAGUUUUGAAAAUAAGCCAUCUGCGCAGGUUCCUGCCAGCCAUCAUUCUGAGCCUGCUAAACCAAUACAUUCACAAAAUCAGCUGAAUUUCACCAGUUAUUCUAAAUUUCUUGGCUCUUACACUAGCUAUGACUACUUGAAAAGGAGCAUCAAGUGGGGGAAAACAACUGAUAGUGAGGCAGCAGAAAGGUCUGUUGGUGAAAAACGCUAUGAGCCAAUCCCUCAAGUUACAACUCCUCCUCCUGCUUCUGCAGUCCAGUAUACGCAACCUCAGUCAAUUAAUAGCCCUGUCCUGUCUCUCCCAGCACAUCAUAAGCCUGCACUUUCUGAAGUUAACUCUGUGUCUGACCCUCCUCCGCCUCAGAAUAAGCCAGCAGUUUUCAGAUCCUCUAGAGAGGACACUGUGCAGUCCACGUUUUACCCUCAGAAAAGCUUCCCUGACAAAGGCCCUAUUAAUGGAACUGAGCAGAUACAGAAAACAGUCACUCCUUCUUACAACCGCUUUACAACAAAACCCUACACUAGUGCUGCAAGACCCUUUGAGCGCAAGUUUGAAAGUCCUAAAUUCAACCAUAAUCUCUUGCCAAAUGAAGCUCAGCAUAAACCAGAGUUGCCAUCAAAAUCUCCAAAUUCUCCUCAACCAAUUUUGAAAGCACACAGCUCAUCACAGCCUCCUGAGUUUGAUAGUGGAUUGGACACCUUUGCUGUACAGGUCGACAAGCCUAAAUAUCAACCAAAUAAUGUCAAUGCUGUGCCUAAAGCCAUUCCUGUAAGCCCUUCAGCCCUUGAGGAUGAGGAGGAAGAAGAUGGACACACUGUUGUAGCCACGGCAAGAGGUGUAUUUAACAGCAAUGGUGGUGUAUUGAGCUCUAUAGAGACUGGAGUUAGUAUUAUUAUACCACAAGGAGCCAUUCCAGAGGGAAUAGAGCAAGAAAUAUAUUUCAAAGUCUGCAGAGACAACAGUAUACUUCCACCUUUGGACAAAGAGAAAGGUGAAACACUUCUUAGCCCCUUGGUAAUGUGUGGGCCUCAUGGACUAAAAUUCCUGAAGCCAGUGGAGCUGCGCCUGCCACACUGUGCGUCUAUGACCCCUGAUGGUGAGCCCAAAACCUGGCAGAACAAGUCUCUUCCCGGGGAUCCAAACUAUCUUGUUGGAGCAAACUGUGUCUCAGUCCUAAUUGACCACUUCUAAAUACUAAGUUAGCUGAUUGAGUAAAUAAUGUGAAACUGAGAUGGACCUUAUGUAUAAACUGAACCACUCUAUCAAGUAUUAACUGUUCUCUAAGUGAUAAUGGAUCUUAGUGUUUAAGCGUCUUGCUUUAACUAACAAUGGUUUAGCAAGUACACUCUUUGAGCCAUGGUCACAAUACAUGCCACAAGCAGGGAGGAGGGUACAGUGGGAACAAGGGGUUUUUGCAGGAUCUGUAUGCUUUGGGCGGUUGUUCUUUUGUGGGUAUCCUUUUUUUUUUUUUAAAGGGCACUACUAGUGUUUUAUUGUUUAAAAUCUGAAAGAACCAAUGGAACUAUAUUCAGAGGACCUGAAGUUAAUUCAUACUCACCGGUUAAAACACAGAAUUUGGCCUGCAUUUUUAUGGCUGUGUGUUUGUAACUCACAAGACUACAUUUUGGUCUCUAGUUUUUAAACAAUUUCUGGUGUACGUGUCCAAUGAAAUGGCAAUCAACUUGGGGUAGCACAGUUCAGAUCUUUUCCUCUGCUGAGAGGCUACUGUAAACAUAUCUACUUACUGUAUAUGGAAACAUUGUCAUGAGAACAGGGGGGAGGGGGAAAAGCAUGAGGGAUGACUAUGGUUCAGUUGCCUCUGUGGAUUUGUAAAUUUAACCACGUUAUUUCAGACCUAUUAACCAGCAGGGAUGCCUUACCCUCAUGUUUUUAAUAGUGUUAGCUCUCAUAGUUCUCUGUAUUGAGUUUGUACGGCUUUUGUGCUUACCUAGCAUGAGGUCUCUCAUUAGAGACUGGGGAAAGAGGGGGGGGAAAACCACAGAACAACAACUUGUGAGUUUGGUUUAGAGAAUGAGUAUUGUGUGUGUUCAUCAGCCAGAAGAGAACCAGAAGAAAAUGAUGGUAUGUUUUCUGCUAUGCAUUUGAAAAUUUAUAGAUGUGUUAGACUGCUUGUAUAUAAUGCGUGCAUACUACUUUUGUUCCUGGUUUGUAAAUUAACUUUUAUAAGCUUUACCUUUUUAUAUAUAUAUAAAUAUAUAUAAAAACAAAGUUUCUUAAGGAUAUCUUUGUAUUCUCAUACCUUUUGAGCCUUGAACUUUGACAUCUGCAGCAAUAAAGCAGCAUUUCUACAAUAUAUGAACAAGGACAUUUUUAAAAAAAUGCACAAAGUUGUUACCUUUUAAAGUGCUGCAUUUAAAGAAUAUAACUCGGAAUUCUCUACUUUGAUUAAAUUCUUGAAAAGUAUCCCUACUGUAAUUUGUCAUAAGGAUGCUGUACUAUGUGCCCUGAAAUGUAUUUUUUUACUAAUAGACGAUUUAUUACGGCACAAUGGCACUACUACUGUUUAGAUAAUAUACCACUGCAUUCUGUUAAUGAGUUAUUAGCUAUUCAGGUGUGGCUGAUUUUUUUUUUUCUCUGCAGUUAUUAAAAUUACACGUUUCUAAAUAUACAGAAUAAAACUUUUUAAAAUAAUAAA